GGGAAUGCACAUUGUGCAUGGCAUACCGGCAUAUGACCAAGAUGGCAGACUCAUUGCACCAGAGGACUACAUGUCCAAACUGCAUGGUACGACUGUGAUGCUGACAAUGAACCGAUCUCACAUCGCCUUCCAAUCGAAGAAGGAAGAUUUGGUAUCUGCCGAUAUUGUCAAGAUGUGCAUAGUAGCUAACCAGUCUACUGCGCCGAGCCCCUUGAAGCGUGGGAAGCUGGCACUGCAUGACAGCAAAGGUGAAGAGGAGCAGAGCCCAACUAAGAAGAGGUGCUCAGUUUAUGGUGCCUGAUACGUAUUUGUCUACCGCCUGUAAAGUCCAAAAAAAAUUGGUUUGAUCUGUCUGAGAGGCAAGGCAUGUCUGCCGACGCAGUCGGCGCUUCCUAGUGGGAUCAGAUGGGAAGCAUGAUCAUCAUCAAUCGCAUCUGAUUUGCCAUUCUCAGCUUGUGAAACAAAAAGGUGCCGCGGCAGACCCCUAUCCAUGCCCAAUGGGUUCGCUAUUUAACGGAUUCUUCCUGGAAGAAUCUCUUCAGUCCAAAACAUGUCUCCUCAGACCCAUUUCCCGACCUCUGCGUCCUCGAAGGAGGCGGUGACCAAUAACCCAAUCAAGUCGUCUUUCCGAAAGACGUUCUCCACCAUCCGAGCCGCCUGCAGUCCCAAGAGAAAGUCGAAGGCUGGCAAUAGAUGUCCCAAAGUGAAACAAGCCCUACCCGAAGUCGUAGUCCCGAAUCUCCACCAGCCGCGAAGCAACUUGCGCCAUCCUCCCAGUCCCAGUCCCAGUCCCAAAGCGGCGUGUCGGCUGUGCCCAUCGCGAACAACCACCGGAAUAUCAGAGCUCCGAUCGCCCCGCAGCAGCUUCCCGAUCCCUCCCGCUGUCGACAGGCCGUGCGUUUCAGAGCUCGUGCAGCCUAUUGCGCCGUCGUAUGCGGACCUGGCCCCGCCUGUCUUCACCGUCCCGGAUUACACACAGGAAAAAGGAACCGAGGUACCACCAGCCGAGAGCAUCUCGCCUUAUUUCCAGCGGGCCGAGCUCUCGGGUGGUCUGGAAGACGCUCUGGACGAGCACGAGCGAAGAACAUCGACUUCCUCCGAGAGCACGGUCGCGGUUUUAAUUGUCGAUAGAUCCCGGUCUUCUGAUGCACUACAAGAUGAGACAGAGACCAAGCCCAAGCCCAAGGGCCCCAUAGCCUCCACCGUCACGAUCUCUUCCGAGUGUACCGUGACCGGUGGGCCUCUCGUCCGGGUCCCUGCCGAUACGACCAAACAGGGCUACGCGCAGCCAGGGUUUUGGCGCAAAGACGUGUAUGACGUUGCGCUGAGAUUGAUCAUGAGUUCGAGCGUCCUUUUCUUGCUUUGGGCAUGCUUGACAGCCCUGCAUGAGCCGCAGACCAAGGGAUCGAUGUGGGAGGCUAGCGAAGAAAGCACGAGGGAGCCGUCCAGUUCCCGUUCCCACCGCACGGCGUAUGCCAGCGAGGAAGCUUCCAAAGGGUCACUGCAUUGACGUGUGCGUACGUACAAGGCUGGAAAGGAUCUGUAGGCAGACGCGGAUUCCAAGGAUGUACACACCCCUCUGGAGCAUGGGAGCCAAUGAGAGCCUGAGUUCAGUCGACGAUUAUGCCAAUCAUUGAGAGCACCGCGCGGCGGCUCGGCGUCGCCGUCAAACUGUCGCUCGAGGGCAAAACUUCACUUUUUUGGCAAACGCCGAAAAAUAUCCAAACUUGGCACGAUCAUUUCGUCCUUUCAAGUUUC